CCACCAUGCCGUCCGCAAACACUCGGUAAAGUACUUGAUAUCCAGCGUGUUUCUCUUUAACUCCCAGAGAUCAGGGAACAACUGCCUAAGCUUCCGCUUAAGAGCAGCCCAGACGUGCUCAAUCGGGUUCAAAUCGGGACUGUGUGCAGGCCAUUCGAUCCAUAAGAUUCCCCGUGAUUGGAGCCACUCCUCGGUCGACUUACAGACGUGAAUCUUUGCGUUAUCUUGCUGGAAAUGCCGUGUUUCGCCGUAGUGAGGAAUGAGACCUUCUUGGAGGGCCUUUUGAUACGACCUAGCUGUAUACCCCUCCGAGGAGCAUCGUCGUCACGGGCCAUAACAAUGAGCUCGCUGUCACGGGUGGGCGCAACUGACCACUGCGUAACACCCUCAAAAGAGGGACCGUGGUUCGAACUGUCCAGUCGAACCAGGAGUUGCGCACAUGGACCUCACACUGUCACUACCCGUGACACUCGCUCCGCCCCCCUUGAAGAUCAUUCCCCAAACCAUGAUAGUGAUAUUCGCCUUCACAUGGUUUUUAAGGUUUACGAAACGCUUAUCGAACUUCUCAGAAGGGAAACGGAACACCCAUGAGGUCGGGUUGGAGGUGCUAUUCUGGCAAGA